UGCAAGACCGUGUAUAACUCUGGAUAUUAAGAUUUUGAUUCAAAUAAUGAGAGAGGUUUUCCCUGCUAUUAUUGCUUAAAAUUGUGGAUCAAGAUUAUGUUCUGUGUGCCAAGCAGAAUUCUAAAGAGCAUUUCCACUCUACACGACUGCUUUGCUUAGGCAUCCAAAUGUUUUAAGCACUGAUGCCCCACCAAUCAAAACUGACUAAAGAAAGGGACAUUUCAUCUCGAAAGCGGAAGAUGAAGAAUAUUGCUGCUUCUAAUGAAAACCCUUUCAAAAGAUCCUGGAUGGAAAAAAAAAUCACUGAUUCAUGAAGACAUGGAUACCAGCAUACAGUUUGGAUAUAAACGAAUUAAGCACAUUUACCAACAUACAGGAACUAAGACUUUGCAUAAAUUCGUUUGGCACCUUAUCCUGAGGAUAAGAGUGUGCAAGUUUUUUUGGGAUUGUAUGAAGGGAUUCUCAGGCCUGCAUCUCAUCGAUGAACAAUACCACCCGGAGGCGGAAGAAGACAAGAAAGGCCCCAAUGUUGCAUUUGACUACCAUGAGUUCAGCGUAUCAAAGGAUCAUUUUCCUGUCAAAGCAAUCCAGAUGACCAAGAAGCCACCAGAAUGGAGGACGGAGGCUGACAUAAGAUAUUUAAGAAACCGCUUGCUGGCUAUGGAAAGUUUCCAUGCAUACAGUACAAAACUUCAGUUUCUUUUGGCCAAAGUGAUUCGCUUUGAAAGAUUUGGACGCAGGAGAGUGAUUAUCAAAAAGGGACAUCACGGGAGCAGUUUCUACUUCAUCUUUGCUGGUAGAGUUGCUGUCACUGACGACGAGGAUGGAGGUAGUGCGUUUGUUCUGCCAUCCCCAACCUUGCUUUCAAAAGGUGCUGCUUUUGGUGAAGUGGCCCUUCUAAAAGGUGCAAAGAGAAUUGCCACUGUCGUCUGUAUGGAAGAAACAGAACUGCUCGUUGUGGAUCAAAAAGACUUUUUUGGCUAUAAACUAGACCGGGAACUUCACCGAGAAUUCCUGGCUCGGUAUAACCACUUGAGAAAGGUUGAUAUCUUUGAAACGUUGUCUAACUCUUCCAUAGAGAAAAUUGCCCAUUUCUGCAGAAUAGAGAAAUUCCACUUUGGGCAGGUGAUCACUGGUGAUAUUGGAGAAUCCGCUAGCAUAAUUUUUAUUACAAAGGGGGCAUGUGACGUUUUACGCCAGGUCGAUCUCAGCAGCUGUCCAUCCUAUCAUGACUGGCUCACAAAACAACUGCGGGUUCCUAGGGGCAAGCCACAGACUAAGGGGAAAAAACAACUGAAAUAUGUUUCAGAUAUGGCUUGUGUGGACAGAUUCAAAAGCACCAGGUGGAACUCCUUCUCUGGACACGAAUUGAGCCACCUGAAAGCUCGCUAUGCUUGCCAGCCAUUAACUCAAGACUGUAUAAAACAAAGAUCUCUGUUCAGCAGGGACCACAAAAGUGUUGUGUUAAAAGUGGAUACAGCUGACAGUAGCAGUUCAUUCGGUGGACAGCUGGAUGAUGACAAAGAAUUGGUGCAAAAAGUUAUAUCAGGAGUUGUGGAAAAGAGAUCAGUACACCGUACACCCUAUGGAGCGAUACCAGCUUCUGCUGCUGCAGCUGUUUAUAUCAGAGUGGAUGAACUAUAUAAAGGGGAUUAUCUAGUAAAUCUGCAAGAUAACCGUCCCAUGAUCUUGGUCAGCAAAGGGGCAGAUCUCAUCCGUUUGAAAAAAAACAAGCUUGAGGAAUGUGCUGAUGACAACACAAUCUUGAAAUUGUGCAAAAUAAAGGUCAAGUAUCCCAGUGAUGACGAGCUGUGUCAGAUCUUCCUCCGACAGAAUUCCUGGGAAAUGUUUAAGAAAGACCUGUUGAACCUUGUGGUGAAGCCUAAGCUCAUGAGAACGAUAACGCCUCCGGAUUCAUUCCCUUCAGAUGAAACUGCUGGAUCUUGGCACAUGAAUGAAAAAGGUAUCUUGGACUUGACUCCCUUGCAGAACCAUCAGAACCUUCUACCAGAACCAUGCAGAUAUGUACCUUGUCCUCCAAAAUGCGCAAAAUUUGUCGAGUUCUUACCGGAGAUCCAGCCAAGACUGAUUCAUGGCAUUAAUGUAACACGUCCUACUUUGGACGGGAUGUUUUAGUGAGUUCCAAGCGUUUGGAUCUGCAGAUCAGCAACAUGGAGAAAGUUAAGGAGUAGUACUGGUAAUCUGUUUGUGUUUAUUUAUGUGUGCUUAUUUAUGUAUAUUUAUCAAUACAUGUUGUUAGAUAUAUAACUUUUCUUUCCAUAAGAAGGGGAAGAGUUCCAUUUUCCACUUAAAGCUGGUUGUGAAUUCUGAAAACUACCUAAUUUUCUUCCAUUAUUAUAAGAAGAAUUUUUUUCAAGGUGGUCUUUAUCUGUAUAUACUAAUAUAAAUAAAUUAUAUUUUCUUUUAA